GUAUCAGGUAUUGAUGUAACUGGAGUGAAUAAGGGAACCUUCUUCCUGAGCACAGACAUUGGAGCCUGUUAUCAGCAUGAACUCAUGUGUGUUAGACAAACAAAUGAAUAGUUUAUAUCCAUCCUUCACUACAGGAAGCAUCAGAAUGAUACCACAGACUCCAACAUUUUUAGACACUAAUGAAUAUUCACAAACAUUGGGGAAAUCACAGCAGAUAUUUAAAGGAGAUGGUGAAUUGGCAGGAAAAGGGCAGCAAUCGUUAUGUACAGAGUGUAAUUUAGUCAUCAAACAAGAGGACAAGAAUUAUGCCUUAUCUAGUGAAAUGAUUAUCCAUGAGGAUAAGCCACAAACAUGUACUGAGUUUUCAAAAAAAAUUAAAGAAGAGAAAAGUCUACAGUCUAGCCAAAUAAUUCAUACAAAGGAGAGACCUUUCAAAUCUACAGAAUGUGAGAAAAGUUUUAGAUAUAAGUCUCAUCUCCUAAAGCCACACAAAAUUCACACAGGUGAGAAGUCACACACAUGUACUGAGUGUGACAAAUGUUUAUUUAGCUGUACAGAGUGUGGAAAAAUUUUAACACAAAUGAAUAAUCUGAAAACUCAUAAAAAGAAUCACACAGGAGAAAAGCCAUUCACAUGUACAGAGUGUGAAAAAAGUUUUACAGGAAAGAGUAGUCUGAAUAAACAUGAAAGGGUUCACACAGUAGAAAAGCCUUUCACAUGUACAGAGUGUGGAAAAAGUUUUACAGAAAAGAGUUAUCUGAAAACUCAUGAAAGGAUUCAAACAGGAGAAAAGCCUUUCACAUGUACAGAGUGUGGAAAAAGUUUUACACAAAUGAAUUGUCUGACAAAUCAUGAAAUGAUUCACACAGGAGAAAAGCCUUUCACUUGUACAGAGUGUGGAAAAAGUUUUACAGAAAAGAGUUGUCUGAAAAGUCAUGAAAGGAUUCACACAGGAGAAAAGCCUUUCACAUGUACAGAGUGUGGAAAAAGUUUUACUGGAAAGAGUGAUCUGAAAAAUCAUGAAAGGAUUCACACAGGAGAAAAGCCUUUCACAUGUACAGAGUGUGGAAAAAGUUUUACAGAAAAGAGUAGUCUGAAAACUCAUGAAAGGAUUCACACAAGAGAAAAGCCUUUCACAUGUACAGAGUGUGGAAAAAGUUUUACACAAAAGGGUGAUCUGAAAAAGCAUGAAAUGAGACACAUAGGGGAAAAGCCUUUCACAUGUACAGAGUGUGGAAAAUGUUUUACAGAAAAGAGUGAUCUGAAAAAGCAUGAAAGGAGACACACAGGAGAAAAGCCUUUCACAUGUACAGAGUGUGGAAAAAGUUUUACAGAAAAGAAUAGUCUGAAUAAACAUGAAAGGGUUCACACAGGAGAAAAGCCUUUUACUUGUACAGAGUGUGGAAAAAGUUUUACAGAAAAGAAUAAUCUGAAUAAACAUGAAAGGGUUCACACAGGAGGAAAGCCUUUCACAUGUACCGAGUGUGGAAAAAGUUUUACAGAAAAGAAUUGUCUGAAAAGUCAUGAAAGGAUUCACACAGGAGAAAAGCCUUUCACAUGUACAGAGUGUGGAAAAAGUUUUACAGGAAAGAGUGUUCUGAAAAAUCAUGAAAGGAUUCACACAGGAGAAAAGCCUAUCACAUGUACAGAGUGUGGAAAAAGAUUUACAAAAAAGAGUUAUCUGAAAACUCAUGAAAGGAUUCACACAGGAGAAAAGCCUUUCACAUGUACAGAGUGUGGAAAAAGUUUUACAGGAAAGAGUAGUCUGAAUAAACAUGAAAGGAUUCACACAGGAGAAAAGCCUUUCACAUGUACAGUGUGUGGAAAAAGUUUUACAGAAAAGAGUUGUCUGAAAAGUCAUGAAAGGAUUCACACAGGAGAAAAGCCUUUCACUUGUACAGAGUGUGGAAAAAGUUUUACAGAAAAGAGUGAUCUGAAAAGUCAUGAAAGGAUUCACACAGGAGAAAAGCCGUUCACAUGUACAGAGUGUGGAAACAGUUUUACAGUAAAGAGUAAUCUGAGAAAACAUGAAAGGAUUCACACAGGGGAAAAGCCUUUCAGUUGUACAGAGUGUGGAAAAAGUUUUACACAAAUGAAUCAUCUGAAAAAUCAUGAAAGGAUUCACGAGGGAAGAAACCUUUCACACGUUUAGAAAGUGGAAAAAGAUUUUCUAUUGAAAUCCGGUAUCACAAAACACCAAAUAUUUACACACAAAUAAACUUUACAAACUCUCUAAAUAGAAGCAUCAAAAAGGAUGUUAUUGUAAAUAAUACUUUCUAAAUCCCAGUUAUAAAAGCCCCAGAUUGGAAGUGCUCUCCUGCUGUCCUUUGUUCCUCUAUAUAUGUGCAACAAAGGUUUUUUUUGGUUAAGCACACCACAAAAAAGGACUGUUUUAUCUUAGCACACAUAUUGUGGGAGUGCUACCGAAGUGACCAAAACAAUUACAAGACAACAAAAAGUAUCGGUGCACAUCCAACCACUUAAGUCCACUUUUUCAUGGCAUAUUUGUAUAUGCUUCUGUCAGUCAAAUAUACUUACAUAGCUUCUAAUAAGAUUGGGAUCAACAUUUCACAAUAAUAUUGCCUUAUAUUUGAGCUGC